UUAAAUAUUUUGUUUCAGGAAUAUCAGAAAGAUGAGACUUUGAUAUCGCCAUAAUCUACAAGCUUGAUGUGAUGGAAUUUCACUGGGGACUGUUGUUGGCCACACUGCUUUGCCUCAUUCAUAGCAACUGUGCUGAGAGAUGUCUUCGAGACGUACCAGAGGUGAAUCCCAAGAGGUACAUGAAGGUUAACUACGACUUUAAGAAGAUGCCUAUCAUUCUGGACGUGUCCCGAAGGAUUACUCACCAGAUCACGUCGUACAUCUUCAAGAUUUUCUUGGAGGAAGAACUCGGAUACAAUGAUGUUCUCAUUGUGGAGAACAACGACAGAUUUAACCAAUCUAAACAGACUCGCAGUAGGUUGGAGGCAGGAGUAGGUGAAAAAGACAGGCCCCCAGAAACUGUCUUGAACAACGAAGUUUGGUUAUCCCCUGAAGGUGAUCCAGAAGCAUUGUUCGAGGAACAUAGAGUCAAACAGUGUGGUCCUGUAGGACCUCCUGGCAGGUUUGGGUGGUUUAUCCCCAAGACACUCCUGAAUAACCGGAAUCUCUUGGCGUACUGGGAGACCUUCAUUUCCCCGGAUAAGGCAAAAUUAUUUGCGCUGACAGACUCUGAGAUGGAGUUAGUGCAGACAUUCAGUAAGGAUGAUGACUCAGGUUAUUUCUGCAAUGAGGAUUUUUGCAACAAUGGGAUCUACACACCACAACAGUGUGAGAGACAAACAUGUGCUGUCCUUCUUGCCGGAUUCACAGACUCUACGGAGUUUGUGGUGCUGCACAUAGAACGUCUGAAGUUGCUGGUGCGUGUGGUGUGGGUGGGGCCACACCUCAACAACAUUGUCACCACACUGACUGCUAAUCUCGCCUCCACCACACGCUCUCUCGUAUUCCUCACCUUCACACCUAGCAUAAUAGUGCCUCCUGACGACCAGAACUACGUCACAGUAGCUUUCCCCCCAUGUGAUGAUUUCUCCCAGGACAUUGGAUGCAAAUACGAUCUCCACACGCUCACAAAGUUGUAUGCCACUUUGUUCGAGAGCGGUGCGGUCCCUGCUUUUUAUGCUUACACAAAAAUGCACUUUAACCAGUCGGAGUUCAAAGACCUCCUAAUGAAGUACAAAGCCGUUAUGGAGAUCUCACAGAAUAGUACAGAAGCUGUGAUACAGGUGGCCUGUGAUUGGCUUAAAAAUAAUCCCGAGACCCGAAGGUACUGGAAUAACCAUGAGGAGAAUGUGCUGUACAUCGGCGGCAUCUUCCCAGUGCACCCAGUCCGGAGUGUUGCCUACGACGCCUCAAGUAUUAUUAUAGCUGCGCAACUGGCACAGGAGGCAGUGAACAACAACAAAUCAGUGCUGCGUGAUUACCGCCUAGAAUUGAAAGCUCACGACGGGCGCUGUGAGGCGGAUGCUGUCCUUAAGGCCUUCAUAGACCUCAUUCUGCGUCAGCAGUACAAGAGUCUCAUCGGCAUUCUAGGACCUGCCUGUUCCAAUGCACUGGAACCUCUGGCUGGAGUCUCCAACCAUUACAACACCAUGGUCAUCAGUUACAGUGCAGAGGGCUCCAGCUUCUCUGACCGCAAAAAGUACCCUUAUUUUUUCCGGACCAUCGGAGAGAACAACCAAUAUCAACAGGUGUACCUCCAGAUGCUGACUAAGCUGAACUGGAGGAGAGUGGCUGCUCUGACUGAGGAUGGCCAGAAGUACACGGAGUACCUGUCACACCUGCAAGACCUGCUCACGUCCAAGAACUACAGUUUCGUCAUAAACCGCAAGUUCCCUGCUGUCAGGGACAAGCUGGCUAUGAGAAGUUAUUUGGAAGAAAUGAAGAGCAGAUCUGUCCGAAUCAUAAUCGGUGAUGUGUACGACUCGGCUGCCCGUGAAAUGAUGUGUCAAGCUUACCAGCUGCAGAUGACGGCAUAUCAGUCGUAUGUGUGGUUCCUGCCUGCGUGGCUGGCACCAGACUGGUACGAUACUGACCGUUACAACAAGAAAAGUGACAGCUCAGAGACAGUUCCUUGCUCUACUGCAGAGAUGCUUGAGGCAAUAAAUGGGCACUUGUCACUGUCACAUGCUGCAUGGGCACUCGACAAUGCCAUUAUGCAGACUAAACAAACUGUGGGGGAGUGGAAGGAGAAUCUUAAGAAGACUGUGGUGGGAAUAACGAAUCAAACGACAAUUUCCACCUACGCAGGUUACGCUUAUGACGCUGUCUGGAUGUUUGCACUGGCUUUGGACCAAUUGAACAAGGAAGACCCGUCAGCUUUGUCUAAUAUCCAUGAAAACAACAAUACCCAGCGGUACAUGGAAAUACUGGAAAAAACUGACUUCUAUGGGGUCUCUGGACAUAUUCAAUUCAAAGGUGGGUCCUCCAGGAUCUCUGUUGUGGAGGUAAUUCAGUGGGUUGACAACGUUACGCAAAUAGUGGGAAAAUUCGAGCCGAACAAGACCAUAUUAAAUAAAGAUCCUCUGGCCGGAACACUGUACCUGAAUGAAUCUAUGAUUGUCUGGCUGAAUCCAGAGAAGACAAAGCCCGAAGAUGGCACUAUACAAUGUUUCCUAGGGUUGGCAGAAUAUUUUGGAGUCUACGACUGCAACUUAUUUCUCGCAAUAGUGAACGUUAUUGGAUUGUGCAUCCUUGCCCUUUUCGUCAUUGGUGGCUUCCUUGUUGUAAAAAAUAGGUAUGACAGAAAGGUUAAGUUGACCCAGCAGUACAUGCAUUCUAUAGGACUCGACCUUCUGAAUGUUGGAACACUGGAAAAGUGGGAAAUUCCAAGGGACAAAGUUGUUAUCAAUCGCAAACUGGGGGAGGGAGCCUUUGGAUAUGUUUAUGGAGGUGAAGCUUACUUCGAUUCCAAAGGAUGGGUUGCUGUCGCAGUAAAAACUCUUAAAAUUGGAUCCACUCCUGAGCAGAAGUUAGAAUUUCUUUGUGAAGCUGAGGUCAUGAAACGGUUUGAACAUAAAAAUAUUGUCCAGUUACUUGGCAUUUGUACAAAAAAUGAACCAGUUUAUACAGUCAUGGAGUUUAUGCUUUAUGGUGAUCUGAAGACAUUUCUCCUCGCCAGAAGACAUUUAGUGAAUGAAAAGAUUGGGGAAGAGGCAGACGAAGUCUCAAGCAAGAAAUUAACUACCAUGGCUCUAGACGUUGCCAGGGCCCUCAGCUACCUUGCUGAACUCAAAUUUGUUCAUAGAGAUGUCGCUUCACGGAACUGUCUAGUCAACGGUAACAGAGUGGUGAAGCUUGGUGAUUUUGGCAUGACUAGGCCGAUGUUCGAGAAGGACUAUUACAAAUUUAGCCGGAAAGGAAUGUUACCAGUAAGGUGGAUGUCGCCUGAAAGUCUUGGCCUGGGAUUGUUCACUCCUGCCUCAGACGUUUGGUCGUACGGAGUCUUGCUCUAUGAGAUCAUCACUUUCGGCAGUUUCCCAUUCCAAGGGAUGGGGAAUAACCAGGUCCUUGAACAUGUCAAGGCUGGCAACUCUUUGGACAUUCCUUCCGGUGUUAAGCCACAAGCAGAGGCAUUGAUGCGUUCUUGUUGGAAUGUUGACUACAAGAAGAGGCCAAAGGCGUCGGAGAUAGUGGAAUUUAUUGCAAACAACCCGAGGUUGUUACAGCCUUGUCUAGAAGGACCCCUGGCCUCUGUUCAGAUAGAUGACUCUGGCUCUGUCGAUCUGCUUCACACUGAGAGAACGAGGAAAUUCUCGUUCUCGCUACGUAAGCGAAACAGUUCCGGUGUGUUCAACUCACCAUUUGUGGGAGGAGUAAGCAACUCAAAUGGGGUCGGGACACCAGCCAUAUGGUCCCAGGAGGAACCAGAUCCGGAGAGUCCCAGUCAGCUGUAUCCUGUGGGAGAGGAAGGCCCAGAGUGGAACCAUCCUCUGUUGAACACCCCAGACAAGUAUGUUGUCGUUAAAACUCCACCCUCCAAUCAUUACACGGCUUAUGAAGCCUCUCAGGAAGACUCGCUACUGUGAUCAGAGAAGUAGUUUUAAGAACUAAUUGAUACCAAAAUUGUGGGAAUGGGUUAUCUCUACAAUUAAUGCUUAGACUGUGAUAUGUGUUACAUUUUUUUAGCAUAAAACAAAGUUAAUGUUUUAGCGUUACCUUUAUGUGGACGAACAUUUCUCAGUGUGAGUGCAGUAAAUAAGGCAAAAGGUAAUUUUAUAGUGCAUUCUUAGAGUUCAUUGUGACCAUUUGAUAAUUUUAUUAAUGGAUUUUAUUGCAAAAUGAAUUGGUGUUUUUUUAAUGCAUUAAUACUGUUUUCCAUUGUUAUAAUUCUGAAGUAUGAUUUUAGAAUUCAAAUAUUUAAAACUUUUGAGCUCAAAUUCGAAACAAUAGAUAAUAGAAACCAUAACAAUUACAAAUGCUCUUAAAAUAACAUUUUACUCUACUACAAUCAAUAAAAAGAACUGUUAUUGGUUUGACACAACAUUUAUUACCGGGACUCCCUUCUUGCACCAAUUUCAAGUGAAGUAGUGAAAUGUCAUCAUUCAUAUCAUGGACAAGAACUUAUCAGUCAAGGAAUGUAAAUCAUUAUCACCAUUUUGUAUUUCUUCCUAGUUUUGGUGUGGGCUCUCACACGACUUAAAUCCUAUGUCAAGAGUGUCUCAAUGUUACAGUAAAUUGGCUGCACCAUCGUUAUUUGUUAUGUAACUGUUAAUGUAAUUUAUAUUUUGGUUCUAGUUUUAUUUAUUUUUUUAUAAAUAUACAAGUUUAUAUAGUCUCCCAAUGUGAAUAUUAUGACUAAUAUUAAUAUUGAUACAUAUUUUUGUUAUCUGUACAUAUUUUAUAAAAUAUCCAUUUUCUCUUUGAGAAUCAAUGUACAUUUGGAAUCCUAUAUAAAUAUUAAUAUUUGCUUGUUUUAGCUUUAAUUUUUAGUUGUAGUCAUAUUUUAAGAUGAAAUUGUUAAUAGGAAGACCUAAAAUUAUUCAUACUGUGUAUAUAGUUAUUCUAUGUAAUUAUGUAUAAAUGUAGGGUGCUUUGUACAUACAUGAUGUUACUAGGAGUGUAAAAUAGAUUUUUGUUGAUUAGCACCAGUAUAGGAUAUAUAUUUUUUCAGUUGUAAUUUUGUAUUUAAAACUUCUAGUUUGUUAUAAUGUGUGGGACAACAUCGUAGCUAAUAAUGUAUAACAGGUUUUGUACCAGGAUAUAUGUAUAAAUUGGUGAAUCCCAUUUUAUUCCCAGUGUUUAUGGCUUUAAUUAUCAUCUUUUGGUUUCGACUGGUUACUGUGUAUAUUUGGACCCAUAAGAUGUUCCAUCUUAGCUUUAUAAACUUUUAGCUAUUGUUAAUUCAACAACACACAGUAUAUAAAAUGUAAACAGAGGAUGAUUGUAGUAUAUUUUGGCAUUAUUUAUUUAUGUCAUUUAGUAGGCGAGUGCAAAAUAAUCAUAAACUACUGCAUGUAAUGCAGACUAAUUUAAAAUACAAAUGUUUGAAAAUUGUACUUUAUGAGGUGGUGGUAGGUUUAAAUGUUGAAAAGUACCGUUUAUCAAACAUUAACGGUUUCCAUAUAUUUUUCUAAAGUGGUCUUCAGCUUUAAAAAAUUAUAUACAGAGUGUAACUGAAUUGUUUUAACUAAGUUGGUGAGUCUUGUUCAACUCAAGUGAGUCUUGAAUAACUCAUAAACAGUAUUGGUACAACACCCCAAGUCUCAAGUUAACAGCCAUUCAACAUUUUUAGGAAGAUUUGUGUACAUAAUCAACCUAUUGCAAUAAAUUUUAGUCAUGAUUGAACUUACAUAUAAUUAAUUUCUACACAAAUUCACUGAACAUAAUCCCCAGAUCCCAAACCACACCACAUCCUGGUGGAGCAAGUAUUUUUUGUGAUUUAAUCUUUAUUAAAAUUAAAUCAGGCUAUUGCCGUUUAUACAAAUUUAAUAUACAUAUUGUAUGGGAAUUAAUUGUGUAUGUUAAUAGGAACUUGUUUUGCCAAUUUCGAUAAUAAAAGGAACACAGACUCACACACAAUACAUUUAUCAGGACAGUACAGGUAUAUUUGUAUAUUUAGAUUUAAAAAAUAGUAAUGUUCAGAGAUUUAUAUAAAAACAUUUGUAUAGUGUAGGUAACAGUGGCAUAUUCAAGGAGGGGCAUAUUCACUUUCAUGCCCAGGAGUUAGACCCUUCCAAAAUGUCUGGGGAAUAUAAUGAUCCCUUUUAUGCUUUUACUAAUAAUUAAAAAUUUUAAAUCGAACUUUUUAUUUCAUUUUUAGUUUAAACAAUUCAAAUAAACAAGAAUAUUUAUUCAGGAAUAAUAUAGUGGUAAUUUCCACCCAACUCUAAGACUAGGACAAAAACCUCUGUAUAUUUUUUAUUGGUUCAGGCAGAGGUACACAGACUGUGUGUUAAAAGACGAUACUUAUUAGGAAGCAAUACCAGAGUAUAUGAAAUUAAACUCUUAAAUAUUCUAUUAUACAAUCAUGUUUGAUGCAAACUUUGUGCCUGUAAGCAACUUUGUAAUGCAAAAACAAAAUGUUGACAUUCACAACCUUAGAUUAGAUUUGUCAUUUGUCAUUACACUAAUCUUGGGAUCUAAUUUAUUACCACAUUUUGGGUUGUUCCCUGACUAUUACAAUCAUCGGUUGAUUGACAGUAUAACCAACCUUUGGUCCUUUGGCAGUCAAUAACGAUAUUCCAUUUUAGCAUUAAAACCAUCACCAGAUUCUUCCACUUAUCAAUAUUGGUUGAAUUCCUCAAGCUUAUCCAUCACUCCUGUACUACUUCAAAAGUGCUUUACUCUACCAUACAUCUUAUCAAGUUAACUCCAAAUCUCGUCUUGCUCCAAAUAAGUUGCUUCUGAACGCCUCCUCAUAGCAAAAACCAAGUUUGACGUCACUCUUGCGUAAGGAACUAUGUCGCAAGCUAAUGGCUGAACAUUGCCCACGAUAUAUAUUCCCCAAAAACUUGACGUGGCUAUUUACAGUGCCCUCAAAGCCAGUGAAGAAUAAUUUCGUUACCUAAUGACACGUACCCCAUCAGACAUACCCAUAAUUUUUUUACGUUGCCUUCAUGGAUGCAAAAUGUUUAAGGAAUUCCGCUAGUAAAUAAAUGUCCACACAAAAAACCACAAAAAAUCCUAAAGCAGCAAUCACAUCACCUUGGGUUUGUUGAAAUUUAUGGUCAAUAUCUUGUGGCUUCCACAAUGCAUGUCAACAUAAACAUGUUAAUACAAAUACUAUAGAAAUAAUUAAAUGUUAAAUUCUAGCCAAUUUAAUCACUCCUUUAAAGUGUGCUGCUUGUUUUUAAAUUUUUUUAAGAAAUAACAUGUUUUUAAAUAAAGAGUGUGAUAUAUUCCCUUCCAUGAAUUAUAACGUGAUAGGUUCUGGCCCGCCUCAAAUUCAAAAUUUGGAUACGCCACUGGUGGGGAGUGAAAGAGUUUAGUUUAAAUGUAAAUAUAGGAUGUAAGCCUUAUUUAAUAACAAGUAAUGUAGUUUGUGAUUUUUGUGUAAGGUCAGACUUUAUCAGGUAAGCUUUCAAUCUCUAGUCAUCUUUAGGAUACCGAAUAGUUUUAUUUUUUACACAAAUAUCAACUCAGGUAGUUUAUUUACUAGUUAGUAUGACAUUAUACCUUCAUUCUGUUAAUCUGUUGUACAGUAAUUGUGUUUAGAAUAAUAAAAUAUUGUUAUUGUGUUAACCGACUUUGUAAAUAUUCAUGCAUUUUACAAAGAACUAUGAUUUUUUUAAUUAUUUAUCUGAAAAUGAUUCUGUAAAUAAUUAUAGGGACCUUAUGGAAUGGAAACCGUUUAAUCUUUUUUUUCUACCAGCCUCAUUACAUUUUAAAUGUAAUAACAUAAACCAAAUUCACUCGAUAUAAUUUUUUGUAGUUUAUGAUUUUAUUUUUAACGUGAUUAAGUAAAAUAUUGUUGCCUCAAAAACACCAUAUUUGUAUUUUUAACUGAAUAGGAAAUAAAUAGCUGUAUCUCAUUUCACAAAUUACCCUAAAAUUCAGUGGCGUAUAUUUUAGAGAAAGGUAUAUAGUUUUUCUAACAGAAAGCCAUCUUUAUAAAAUACUAAAUGCUGUUUGGUAUUUAACUUAAAAACAAUUAAAUAAAUAUGUAUUUCUGAUAACAAGACUGUUCAUCAUGUAUUGCUCAAUGAUUGUUACGUUUUGCGAAUUUAUCUUGAAUUAUUAGAUUGUUAGAUUCAGCUUACUAUAUUGUUAAUGUUUGUUCAGUACGUAUUACUGUACAUAUUUGUAUCAAUUAUAGUUCUGUAAUUCAGAAUGCAUUCCCAUGUCACAUGUUAAGCGUAAUUUUAUACCAGCAAUAUUAUUUAAGAUAUGCUAGUCAUAUGUUAGACUAGAUAUGCUAAUAAAUAGUGUUAAAAUUAUAAAAUCCUGUUAAAUUGGCAGAGAAAUAAAGAAUGUUCUCCAAAA